ACCAUCCACACUAGCCCAGCAUCAGCUGUGGCGUGUCGGAGAGUGAGAAACUUCCCUCACUCCUCCUCCUCCCUGCGUACUCUCUCUCCCAAAUUCCCCCAGACACCUCGUUUUUUAUUAUUAAACUCCUACCGGCGGCUGCAGCCCGUACCUCCACCCACAUGCAGGUACUGGCUGGUGUUUAGUAGUUUUUCAUUGUCGGUGUGUGGACUCAACUCGGGGAGGCGCUUUUAUUUCCCCUGGCUCCGGUUCGUUCAGGACAUCGGGUGCAGCUGGAGUGACUCGACCAAGUUUCCCCCCUCGUUCUGCCCGAGGAAUGAGCCCGUGGAGGAAGAGCCGAAACUCGCAUGUUUGAAUGAACAAAGGAGCAGAAAGCGAAGGGUAGGACUGCCGCCGGAAUGGAGGAAAACACUCUGCCAGGAGCAACAUCUCCCCACUCGGAUCUGAACACAAACCCGACAAGGCCUGACCCAGAGGGGGAGAGCAGUCCACCGAAGAUGGACAGCACCCCGAGAAUGGAGUCCCCCGCUAAGAAAGAUGCCGACCGGAGAUUAGCUACCCCAACAAAACCUGACGCCAUCGCUCGAUCACCUGGAUCACCUGCCUCACCUGCACCAAGAUCGAAACGGAAGGAAGACAUCAUGAAGUCAGAGGAGAGGCAGAAGCUCGCCAAGGAGCGGAGGGAGGAGAAGGCCAAAUAUCUCGAAGAGCUCAGCAUGCUACAAGCUGCUAAAAAGACCCAGUGGCUGGAGAAGGAGGAGAAGGCGCGGCAGCUGAGGGAGCAGCAGCUGGAGGGCCGCCGCAGGAAGCUCGAGGAACAGCGGAUCAAGGCGGAAAAGCGACGAUCCGCCCUGGAGGAGAGGCAGAAACAGAAACUGGAGAAGAAUAAAGAGCGCUAUGAGGCUGCCAUCCACAGGUCAACCAAGAAGACAUGGGCAGAAAUCCGCCAGCAAAGAUGGUCCUGGGCCGGUGCGCUGAGCCAGAACUCCAGCCAGAAAGAAGGCAGAUGCUCUGUGUCAACGGUCAACCUGCCCAAACACGUGGACACUGUUAUAAACAAGCGACUGUCCAAGUCCUCCGCCACGCUCUGGAACUCCCCCAGCAGAACCCGUGGCCUUGCACUGAGUCCAUGGGAGAGCAGUAUAGUCGACCGGCUGAUGACGCCGACACUGUCAUUCCUCGCCAGGAGCCGCAGCGCUGCCAGUGUCCUCAACAAUGGCAAAGAUGGUCACUCUCCUCUCUGCCCCCGUUCAGCCUCAGCCAGUCCUCUCACCUUGUGUGCCCACCAGCCGCACCACCGCUGCUCCGACCGCUGGAGAGUGACGUCCAGCACGCCCGACAUCACCCAGCGCCAUCACAGACGGAGCUCCACACCUAUGGAUAAAAACAAGAAAGAAAAGAAAGACAAAGAGCGGGAGAACGAGAAGGAGAGAAUUGCCCUCACUAAAGAGAAGGUGCUCAAGAAGAGACAGUCUCUACCCAGCAUGAGACACAGACCCGACCCGAGUCCCAGUCCUUUAUCAAGACAACGGCCGUCAUCCCCAGCUACGCCGAAGGGCAGAACUGCCUCACCCAGCCCUGCUGCCUCCCCCAAGCCUCCAUCCACACGUGGAAGCCCGUCGACUCCUAAAGCUCGACCCAAAAGAGCCAGGACCCCUGCCAGGAUAGACCACCGUACCUCCUCCCCCUCCCCAAUCGGAAGAGUGAAGGAGCCUCGCAGGCCUGCCACCCCAGAGGAGAGAAAGGGCUCCCCUGCUCCUGCCGUAUCCUCAGCUGCUGCCUCACCUCAUGUGUCGACCAGUACUGCUAAAUCCCCCUCCCCUGAGCCGGCCCACGCAGCCUCGUCUGUCCCGGCGUCGUCACCCGCACCGUCUCCGUCACCCAAGCCCAUGGCGGGCACCAACAACCCGGAGGAGGCGGCUCGCAUCCUCGCUGAGAAACGCCGUCAGGCCCGAGAGCAGAGGGAGAGGGAGGAGCAGGAGCGCCGCGAACAGGAGGAGAAGGAGAGGAUCCUGAGAGAGGAGCGGAUAGCGAGGGAGGCCGAGGAGAGGCAACGCAGGGAAGAGGAGGCCCGCGCCAUGGCCGAGGAGCAGCGGAAGAGGGACGAAGCCCAGCGCCUGCAGGAGGAGAAGGAGGCUCAGGAGAGAGCCAAAGCCGAGGAGGAGGAGAACCUACGGCUUCAGAAACAGAAAGAAGAGGCUGAGGCUAAAGCCCGGGAGGAGGCGGAGAAGCAGCGUCUGGAGAGGGAGAAGCACUUCCAGAAGGAGGAGCAGGAGAGGCUGGAGAGGAAAAGGCGUCUGGAUGAGAUCAUGAAGAGGACACGCAAGACAGAUGGAGGCGAGAAGAAAGAGACAAAGUCCUCCCCUCUCGCAAACGUCAAUGACAAAGAGGCAGAGAGCAGCAAAGCUUCUGCUGAAUAUCAGCCAAAGCCUGACAUCAAGCUGCCCAACAACAUGACAGAAAAUGGACAGACCAACGUCAGAGAAAGCAGCCCCUCGGUCCAAGUGGUCAACGGGGUCCAGCCCGCGAGACAUGAAAACGGUCUGCCCACUAAAGGAGACGCUGACCACUUCGGAGAUAUCAUCCAUCUCACGAAUCACGGCAACACCACCAACGGAGCGCGGGAGAAGACUGAGACCAGUAUGGCCAGCGAGCCGAUCCUGGCGUUCGAGAGCGAGGACUCAUUCAUGAAAAAGGCCGGCCCCAUGAAGCCUCAGCAUGUUGCAGAGGUCCUGUGACACGUCCCAGUGUUGAAGUGCCCGUCGCCUUAGGCCACUGACCUUUUCCCGGCCCUGCCAUUGCUCGCAUGGGGAGCCCUUUGACGUGUGCCAAUCAACAACCUUUCUCUAAGCCCCUGACAGCAAACAUGCUUCUCUCUGAAAAAGAGGCGGGCCACAGAAGAUGACCACCAAGCAACAAGACACAAGCAAAAGACAAAAACAGGAUGAAAAGGUGUUGCUGCAUGCAACACGGGUGCAUCAGUGUUGGCAUUUGUAAAGAUCUUUUGUGGCACCGAUUCCACGCACCUUAAUACUCGACAGUAUCAUCCUCUGUACAUUGCAGCGCAGCUUCCAACGAGUUGUUUUCUUUGUUCUUUAGUUAUUUAACUGAAAGAGAAAUAUAAAAGACUGGGUACAUUCUUGUGAAUAAUGUAAAUUAACUGUGUGUGACGGACAAAGGAGGGAUGGGUCUGUGGGUUAAGGUUGUGUGAAAGGGAGACAUUUUAUGCCACUUUGCUCUGAGUAGACCUUCGAAAUGAAAACCCAGGUGUGACGCGUCCUGGUCUGUAUAAAGCUACCUGUAACAGUUUUUUGUAAAGAGAAAUCUGGAAAGAGAUUUUGAAAUGUAAGUUCACAUGCAAACAGCUUCUUACUGUGUGUAAACAUAUUGUCUGUCUCAGCUUUUGAUUGAUUGUAUGCAGAACUGGAUGUAAUAAUGAGCGUGCAACCUUUACGACUGACGAUUAAGAAAACCAGAAGUGAUCUAAGGUCAAGUCUCUAUGAAUGAGGGAUUUACGCCACUAUUUAACAGUUAAAGCUGUUUUUUUUAAUUUCACAUGUGCGAGCAUGAAUCAGUUUCCUCUCAUUUGCAUUGAGAUGCCAUGGACUCAUCUGUGUUUGAACUGCUGGUGCGUGUAUAUGCUAUAAUUAUUUUGAUGUGCGUUACAAGGUCAGUGGGAGUAUCUAAAGUCUUAUUAAAGACGAGCUGUCCAGUC